AUGUUGAAAGAGCUUGAAGAUAGGCUGAUGGAAAGAAUGAGGGAAGGGUUUGAAAAGGUGAAUGAUGCUCAUUUGGAUUUAGAGAAGAAGGUCCAGCGCUUAAAGGAAAAAGUACAGGCUAUUAGAGGUCAUGGAUACUCUUGGGAUGGGUUCGAGAGAGAUGAUAACGAGUAUGUAGGGGAGCCAUCAGGGACUGCGAUGGACAUCGAUGAGCAAGAAGAAGAAGAAGAGAAAGAGGAAGAAGAGAAAGAAGAAGAGAAAGGAGAAGAAGACAAAGAGGAAGAGGAGAAAGAAGAAGAGGAAGAGAAAGAAGAAGGAGACAAAGAGGAAGAGGAGAAAGAAGAAGAGGAAGAGGAAGAGGAGAAAGAAGAAGGAGACAAAGAGGAAGAGAACGAAGAAGAAGAGAAAGGAGAAGAAGAGAAAGAGGAAGAGGAGAAAGAAGAAGGAGACAAAGAGGAAGAGAAAGAAGAAGAAGAAGAGAAAGGAGAAGAAGAGGAAGAGAAAGAAGAAGAGGAGAAAGAAGAAGAAGAGAAAAGAGAAGAGGAAGAGAAAGAAAAAGAAGCAGAAGGAGCUAAGAAGAAGAGAAAGGCUAAGAGAGAGAAGAAACCAUCUAUGUACAAGAAAGAGCCUUAUACUUCUGAUGGAAAAAAAAAAGGUUCCAAAGGAGAGGGAACGAACAAGAACACAGGAGGAGGCACAAAGGUUGGGAGAAAGAGGAAAAACGCUGGAGAAGCUACCAAGGCUCCAAAGAAACAUAAGAAGAAGUGA